AUGAAGCUCUUUAGCAUUAAACAAGGAUCACUACUCAAAUCAAUCACAACUAAGUCAGGGAACAGACCAUCCGACAUAGCAGUAACAAAUAGUGGAAAUCUAGUUUAUACUGAUUACAGUCUUGGAACUGUGAACAUAGUUAAGGAUAAAAAUAUAGUGGAAAUGAUCAGACUACAAAACUGGAAACCUCAAGGUGUCUGCAUCACAUCCUCUGGUGGAUUCCUUGUUACUAUGGAGAAUGAAUCUAGCAAACAAUCAAGAGUUGUCCGUUACUAUGGUUCCGUACAGAAACAAAUUAUUUAUGGAACUGUGGCAGUAGUUGUGGUCAAUCAGGCGGGAAAAUUUAGAUUUAGGUACACAGGUGUAAAUCAUGCUCUUAAUGCCAUAGCACUUAGUCCACGAGGAAUCACCACAGACAGUCAGAGCAACAUUCUUAUAGCCGAUGUUUACAAUUGUUGCAUCCACAUUAUAGACCAGGAUGGACAGUUCCUCCGCUACAUUUACUGUAAACUGAGUCAACCCUGGGGACAGUAA